CAGAACCAACAUCAAAAUGUAAUGCUGUUAUUGUAGGUCGAACGAACAAUUUGGUUAACGUUGACUAGGUUAGUGUUAAAGUUGAUUUCGAUUUUUCAAAAGUCAAUGUAAAUAAGACGAUGCUCUACACUUGAAGACAUUGAUCAAAGCGCAUAGAAAGCAUAUACUCAGAAUCAACUUUAAAGUCAGGGCUAUUUGGUAGGUAUUUAAACAUGAAUAUUCAUCUUAGCAGUUCCAGAUUAUCAAACUUGAAUUUAGGAUUAAUACGAGGAUUCACAGUGAAUGCUGGUAACUAUAAGAAAAAUCAUUAUGACAGUUUAGGAGUGACGCCAAAAGCAACACAAGGAGACAUUAAAACCGCCUAUUAUAAAUUAUCAAAGGAAUACCAUCCUGAUCUAAACAAGGGCGAUGAGGAUGCUGCAGAAAAAUUUAGAAAUAUCACAGCAGCUUAUGAAGUUCUUGGUAAUGUCAAGUCUAGGAAAACCUAUGACAGAAGACUUCUUGUGGGAUCAUUUCACCAUGAUGAGACAGUAGAAAGUGCACCAUAUGAUGACAAGUAUCCCCACGCUUCAUUUUACCAUCACAGAAAUAAGCCAACAAGUCAAAAAACGCAUACAGGUAAAUCUACAACUUAUAAUAUCGAUGAAUGGACAGCAGCCCAUUACAGUAAGACUUUUGAUAUGAAGAAUAAGUUCAAAGCUGAAUCUUAUAGUUUUAAAGACCGAACUAGCACUGACACCACAGAGAACGACAGGUCAUUAUCAACUUUAGCAAUGGUUCUUAUUUUCUUUGCUUGCUUUAUCUUUUACGGAUCUGGUGCUACAUCAAAGUUUGACAAAGUCUCUGAUGAUAGUGACAAACCAGAUUGAUAGCAAGGCUUUGUGUCUUCAACCGCCCUUGCUUGUAAAAAGUUGCCCUGUAUAAAUGUAUUGUUAUAUUUAGGUAUUAAAUGUUUAUUUAGAUUGUUUA